AUGGCGAAAACUUCGAUUGGAACCAUUGAAACUGAAAAAGGAUUACAAAAUGGAUACGAUGAUUAUACAACGAGCACAAAAUUCGCAAAUAUACAAUACUUGGGAUGCUCUCAGUUAGUUAACCAGGAUGAUGAUAAAGAAAUGAAGGCUCUCAUGAAGGUUCUUGACGAGCAAAAGGGCAUUCACACAGUGCUGGUUACAUUGGUUGUGCCUCAUACGGUUUCGGGAACGGUGAAACUUAUUGACUCAUUGGGCAGUAUAUUAUCGUCAUUUGAGCUGAUUAACAUAAGGUUUUGCAUUCGUGGCGAUUCAUCAACGUCACAAUCAAAUUGUUUCGGAAUCUCAUUCACGCAUAAAGGUGCAUCAGGCGAACCGAACACACCGCCUACAUCGACACAUCAGUGCCACGUCUUUCGAGCCCCAAAGUCGGAUAUUGCAGCCAGAGCACUUUAUUGCUUCUCGCAUGCAUUUUCCAACACGAAACCCAUGGAGGAUUCGAAUCGUUUGAAAUUCACGUUUGAGAGUGCUUUGGAGAUUCGAGAAAAUGAUGGCACCGCGCAAAACCCUGUCUGGAAACUGUGUCCGCAGCAUAAUGGAGUAUUCAAAUUGAGAAGGGAUCGCGCUAAAAAGCUUAUAAUUCAAUUAAAGCAGACAAGCGGAUUUUUGUUAACCGUGACGAAAUGCUUUGGGAUGCUUCUAGCCGCUGGCCGAAAUUUGCGUCAUUCCGAUUUGCAGCUACUCGAAAUGGAGAAGAAUGAAUUUGAGCCUGAUACAACAAUAUUUGUUAUCGAAUCAAAUUGGGAUCCACGAACUCAUAUGUUCGAAGUGUUGAAUACAGAAACACCGCGAGAUACGCGAGUUUUCAUGACUGUCGCAAUUGAUGUGAUAAUGGCUGAAGUUAGCGAGCCGAUUCGAUUCUCAAUGGAAUCAAUGUCGAGAGUUUUUCAUGAGCACGAGCGAUUCUACAAGACGCCGAGAGCGAUUGUUUCCGAAGGUUUCACACUAAUACUUGAGUUUUCAAUUUUUAACCACAUUAUUUGUUUUGUUCAGAAACCUGAAGAGGGCGACGCGCAAAACAAAGAAAAACUGAUAUACAUCUCAUUGGAAUCGGAAAGCGACAGAAGGAGAUUGAAACAGAAUCUUGGUCGUAGUCCUUCACGAAUGCCGACCCAAUUGCUUCAUCCAACUGGCGAUGAUGAGUCAGAUUGCGAUGAGCCACUUCUUUCCGGCUCCGGUGUUGUUUCACAGGAAUGCGGCGAAGAAGUGAUGCAGAAAUGGCAGGAGUGCAUUGAGCAAUGGAAAACGACAGAAAAUGGUACACGACCAGAAGCCGUUUCUCAACUUGUUCUAAACGGAAUCCCGGAUUCUCUACGUGGCCAAGUUUGGCAGCUUCUAUCGAAAGCGAGCGAAUGUCAGGAACUGAUCGAUACUUAUCACCAACUGCUCACCAAGGAAUGCCCAUCGGAGCAGGUCAUCAUGAGGGAUAUUCAUCGAACAUUCCCAGCUCAUGAGCAUUUCAAGCAAUCUGGUGGUGAUGGUCAGGAAUCGCUAUACAAAAUUAGCAAAGCGUAUUCCUUAUAUGACGAGGAGGUCUCAUAUUGUCAAGGGUUAUCCUUCCUUGCCGCUAGUUUGUUGUUACACAUGCCAGAGGAGCAAGCAUUUUGCACGCUAGUAAAAAUAAUGUUCGAUUAUGGGCUUCGGGAUUUGUUCAAAUUGGGAUUUGACAACUUGCAUCUGCGAUUUUACCAACUGACGUGUCUGCAGAAAGAAUACCUAUCGGAAUUACAUUGUCAUUUGGAGCAGAUUGGAAUCGAGACUCAUAUGUACGCUUCCCAAUGGUUUUUGACAUUAUUCACAGCAAAAUUCCCUCUGCAAAUGGUUUUCUUCAUUCUCGAUUUGUUUUUGUGCGAGGGAAUGAACACCAUCUUUCAUAUUUCAUUGGCUUUAUUGCAAGACGCCAUGACUGACCUUUUACAGCUCGAUUUUGAAGGCACGUUAAAAUAUUUCCGUGUGUCACUGCCACGAAAAUACCGAACCGAGGCUGCCACGAAAGCGCUUAUUCGGAAAGCCGUCAAUUUCAAAUUGAAACAUAAGCGUUUGGACAAAUUUGAGAAGGAGUAUGUCGAGAUGAAAGAACGCGAAAGGGAAAACGAGGAUCCAAUUCUGCGACUGGAGAAGGAAAAUGGCCGCCAUGUGGCUAAUAUGAUGCGUUUGGAACGUGAAAAUGACGACCUUGCACACGAAUUAGUUACCAGUAAAAUUGAGUUACGCCGCAAAUUGGACUUGGUCGAGGAUCAACUCGAGACUUCUGCCAAUACAAUUGAAAGGCUUACGAGGCAGAAUCAAGACAUCAUUGAGGAAAAUCGCAAUUUGAUGCGUGAAUAUGAACAAAUUAAAGAGAUGUAUAGACGAGAUGUGAAUCGAUUAGAAGAAAGCGGGUCGAGAGCAGAAAAAUUGUUGAAUGAGUACAAGAAAUUGUUUUCGGAGAAAAGUCGAAGAUGCGAACUUGAUAAAGAGCAUUUCGAAACUCAAAAAAGAGCUAUUGUGGCAAGAAUUUCUGAAUGUGAUAAAUGCUGGCCUGCUGUUGAGGAGUGGGAGCAGAAUAGAAGUCCGCAGCAUAGUGCUUCAACGCCAACAGGCCCUGACUUGCUUUCGCGUCUAGAAGAAAGAGAAGACCAUAUAAAAGCACUGGAGAUUGAUCUAGCUCAAACAAAACUUGCCUUGGUAGAAGCAGAAUGUAGAAACCAGGAUCUGACUCACCAAUUGAUGACUCAAAGUGAGAGUGAUGGAAAGAAAUGGUUUAAAAAGACAAUAACACAGCUACGCGAAGUCGGUUCAUCACUUAAACAACAUGAAAGAUCAAGUAGUUCAGUGGCCUUGUAA